CAUGAGGGGACUCCGGGCGGCACCGCUCCGGCUGCGGGUGCAGGGGGCGGUCGCUGCGGCAAUGGUGGGCGGGAGCUGCGCCGCUGGGGCGGCCCCGGCGGGCCGGGGGCGGGUGUGGCCCCUGGCUGGGCGGCCGCUUCCCGGAGCGCCGCGGGGAUAACGCUGUGUCCCACCAGGAGCGGAGGAUGGGCGAGCCCGUGACGGAUUCCACGUUCGUCCGCUGCCUGAGCUACGGGCUCGUGAGGCGGCUGGCAGAGUUCAUCGACCCGCAGGAAGGGUGGAAGAAACUUGCGGUGGAUAUAACCAACCCGUCCGGUGAAAGCAGAUAUAGCCAAGCGCACAUAAGGAGAUUUGAGGCAUUUGUACAGAUGGGAAAGAGCCCCACCUGUGAAUUGCUUUAUGACUGGGGAACCACAAACUGUACAGUUGCUGAUCUUGUGGAUCUGCUGAUAAGGAAUCAGUUCCUAGCACCAGCAAGCCUUUUGCUUCCAGAAGCUGUAAGGAUGCCACAGGAAGUUACAUUACCUCUUUCUUCACAGGAAACCUUGCCUAUACAUGAGAAACAACUACCUGUACAAGAAAAAAAAGUGGCAUCUGUAAAGCCUGCUUUAGCUCAGAGUACUGAGAAGCAGCAUUCAGAUUCUUCCUACUCAUGUGAAAAAAACAGCAGCUCACAGUCCAGUAACACAGAUUUCCAGAAUUUUUUGUUUCAUGACUUGGAAAGCAUUACAAAUAAUUUUGAUGUGCGACCAGAAUCAGCUGGAGGUAAUAAACUGGGAGAAGGUGGCUUUGGCAUUGUGUUCAAAGGCUACAUCAAUGGCAAAAACGUGGCUGUCAAGAAGCUCAUUGCUAUGGUUGAUGUUAGUGUUCAGGACUUGAAACAGCAGUUUGAGCAAGAAAUAAACAUAAUGGCAAAGUGUCAGCAUGAAAAUUUAGUAGAAUUACUUGGUUUCUCAAGUGAUGGUGCUCAGCCAUGUCUGGUGUAUGAAUACAUGCCCAAUGGUUCAUUGCUUGACAGGCUUGCUUGUCUGGAUGAAACUCCACCAAUUCCUUGGAAUAUGAGGUGUAAAAUUGUUCAAGGUACAGCAAAUGGCAUCAACUUUUUGCAUGAAAAUAAUCACAUUCACCGAGAUAUUAAAAGUGCAAAUAUCUUAUUAACUGAUACAUAUGUGCCCAAAAUUUCUGACUUUGGCCUCGCAAGAGCAUCGGUAACAUUCACACAGACAAUCAUGACUGAGAGAAUUGUUGGAACAGCAGCCUACAUGGCACCUGAAGCUCUGCGAGGAGAGAUAACACCUAAAUCUGAUAUCUUCAGUUUUGGAGUAGUCUUACUAGAAAUAAUAACGGGUCUCCCUCCAGUAGAUGAAAACCGGGAGCCACAGUUGCUGUUAAGUAUAAAAGAUGAAAUUGAGGAUGAGGAAGCAAAUAUUGAGGAUUUUGUUGAUGAAAAGAUGAGUGACUGGGAUGUACCUUCAAUUCAUAAAAUGUAUUCAAUUGCUGAUCAGUGUCUGAAUGACAAAAAAAACAGAAGGCCAGACAUUAAGAUGGUCCAACAGCAGCUCCAAGAUAUAAAAACUUGAUAAUGUGUCUCUUCUGAUAGUGUUUCUGUAAUGGAGGCACCAGUACCAAACAUUUAAUCAGUAUUUAGUGCAAUAUUAUCAGUGAUUCUGCUUUCCAGAACUUUCUGGACACAUGUAAGGUGAGCUGUUGGCCUGUCAGGAACUCUUUCACAUUUCCUUGGUCACUGGGCCCUUAACAUGGGAAAACUCUUUCUUAUAUUAACAAAUUGCAGUGCUGGUACAUCAUCUUCUCCUACAGCUUUUUAAAUGCAUUUCCAUAUUACAUUCUAUUUGAUUCUUUUUAUUUCCAAAUACCUGCAAAAGCAUAUUACUGUAACUGGGCAGAAUGUUUUUUUCUGCAAAUUGCUUUCUUGAUCAGAUGUACAAGACCUUCGUCUAUUGAAGACAAAACCAUUUAAUAGCUAUAAUGGUAGUUAAUGUUGUCUUUUUGAGAAGUGACAAUAGUAUUACCCAGUUUAAACAAGCUUCUACUUAAUAUUUUAGCUUAAGAGUUCAUACUAGAGUGAAUGGUCUAGUACUGUUAGUGAAUGUCAUUAUUAUCAAAAAGUCUUUUUGGUGUUAGUUUUAGUCAAAUAAAGGCUGCAAGACA